UAAACUCAAUUAAAGCGAAAUAUAGGAUACCUUUGCAAAAUAAGUACUAUAAAAACAUAUCUAGGGUUUUAGUCGUAACCCUUCAGUCUGGUGCAAGUAUAGCUUACCUUCGCCGCACGAGAAGCUCAGGAAGAAGAGGAUGUCUCACAGGAAGUUUGAGCACCCCAGACAUGGUUCUCUUGGAUUUCUUCCAAGGAAGAGAGCUGCCCGCCACAGAGGAAAGGUGAAGGCUUUCCCCAAGGAUGACCCAACUAAGCCCUGCAAGUUGACGGCCUUUUUGGGUUACAAGGCUGGCAUGACCCACAUUGUCAGGGAGGUCGAGAAGCCUGGAUCCAAGCUUCACAAGAAGGAGACAUGUGAAGCUGUGACAAUUGUUGAGACACCCCCAAUGGUUAUUGUUGGUGUUGUUGGUUACGUGAAGACUCCACGUGGUCUUCGUACCCUGAACACAGUCUGGGCUCAGCAUCUGAGCGAGGAGGUGAAGAGGAGAUUUUACAAGAACUGGUGCAAGUCCAAGAAGAAGGCUUUCACUAAGUACUCCAAGCAAUACGAAAACGAAGAGGGAAAGAAAAGCAUUCAGGCACAGCUUGAAAAAAUGAAGAAGUAUGCUACUAUCAUUCGAGUUUUGGCUCACACUCAGAUCAGGAAAAUGAAGGGAUUGAAGCAGAAGAAGGCUCACCUUAUGGAGAUUCAGGUCAAUGGUGGUUCUAUUGCUCAGAAGGUGGACUUUGCAUAUGGUUUCUUCGAGAAGCAAGUCCCUAUUGAUGCUGUCUUCCAGAAGGAUGAGAUGAUUGACAUCAUUGGUGUGACCAAGGGUAAGGGUUAUGAAGGUGUUGUUACCAGGUGGGGUGUUACCCGUCUUCCUCGUAAGACUCACAGGGGUCUUAGAAAGGUGGCUUGUAUUGGUGCCUGGCAUCCUGCCAGAGUGUCCUUCACAGUUGCUAGGGCUGGACAGAAUGGAUACCAUCACCGUACUGAAAUGAACAAGAAGGUCUACAAGCUCGGCAAGGCUGGGCAGGAGUCCCACACUGCUGACACCGAGUUCGACAGGACUGAGAAGGACAUCACUCCCAUUGGUGGGUUCCCUCAUUAUGGUGUGGUGAAGGAUGACUAUCUAUUGAUCAAGGGAUGCUGUGUUGGACCCAAGAAGAGGGUUGUCACCCUCCGCCAGUCGCUUCUCAAGCAAACCUCUCGUGUUGCUCUCGAGGAGAUCAAGCUCAAGUUUAUCGAUACCUCCUCGAAGUUCGGGCAUGGACGUUUCCAGACAACACAGGAGAAGCAGAAGUACUAUGGAAGGCUCAAGGCAUAAUUUUGCAAAUUUGGAAAGAAUUUUGGGCCAUCAAAGUAAACUAGGAAGUUUCAGUUUUUAUGAUUGUGAGAUUCUGUCGAGACAGUUUUGCUUUAGUUUUAUGUAUUUUGAAUAUUUACUACUGCCUUUGAUGCCUGUGAGAAUCUAUUGGUUUUCGUCAGAGUUAAUUUUGGAAUUAAUAUAAUCAAUUUUCGUAUUAA